GCCCCUCCCUACCUCGUUUAUAGGGUCCGGCCCAAGCCUCCCGCCAGAGUUUGUCCCGCGACCCACGACCAUGCUGGCUGACCUCAGCGGUACCUGGACCCUGCUCAGCAGCGACAACUUCGAGGGCUACAUGCUGGCCCUAGGUAUCGACUUCGCCACUCGUAAGAUAGCCAAGUUGCUCAAGCCACAGAAGGUGAUCGAGCAGAAUGGGGAUUCUUUUACCAUCCACACCAACAGCAGCCUAAGGAACUACUUCGUGAAAUUUAAAGUUGGAGAAGAAUUCGAUGAAGAUAACAAAGGCCUGGACAACAGAAAAUGCAAGAGCUUGGUUAUCUGGGACAAUGACAGACUCACCUGUGUCCAGAAGGGAGAAAAGAAGAACAGAGGCUGGACGCAUUGGAUCGAAGGGGACAAACUCUACCUGGAAAUGUUCUGUGAAGGUCAAGUGUGCAAACAGACAUUCCAGAGAGCCUGAUCCAUACCCAGCAGCAGAACCCACUUGUGGCUGCAACUUUAUGCCAAAUUAUAUUGCAGACCGAACCGACGGUCAUCUAUCCCGUUUGAUGAUGGGGACUCACAGCUGGAGAGAGUCACACAGUCUGUAACCUGAAGUCACCUAGACUAUGGGGAAACUGCUCAGCUUCAAUAAACCUGUACAAAUGAC